AUGGCCGAUGAAACGCUUGAAUACACGACUCCAUUUCAGCUCACCAAGACCAUUAGGCGUGACCCGUACGACGCAAUUUCCCCAACCAACCCUGAGCUUUCAGCUGCUGGCAAAGUCAUUAUCAUCACUGGUGGUGGGUCUGGUCUUGGUGCGGCUGCUGCUGAAGUUUGGGCUAGAGCUGGCGCUGAAGGCAUUGUUGUAGCCGGAAGGCGUCUUGCUAACCUAGAGGAGACAGUCUCCAAACUCCAGGCCAUUAAUAAUGGCAAAACCAAGACGAUUGCCAUCCAGGCAGAUCUCGCUAAAGAUGCAGAAGUCGCGAACCUCUUCGCUGAGACGCUCAAGACUUUUGGUCGUUCUCCUGACGUUGUCCUGGCCAAUGCUGGUGUCUUGAUAGAGGGUAAAGUAGGCGAAACAAGUCCAGAUGAGUGGUGGGAUGCCAUGUAUUUUAUCAAGACCCAGCCAGACCCGGAGAGCCCACGCGGUACCUUCAUGGUCACGAACUCUGGCCUCGCCGGUGUGAUUGUUCCACGGGUUUCCGCUUAUGCGGUCUCCAAGCUCGGUGCACAACGAGUCGUCGAGUAUCUGCAUCUCGAGUAUCCCACGCUCCGCUCAUUCACUUUGCUCCCCGGCGUUGCAAAGACGCCGAUGCUAGCUGGCCAGUUCCUCAAGUUCGGACUUGACCAUGUCGACAUGACAGGUAUGCUGGCCCUGUACCUGUCGACCUCAAGGGCCGAGUUCCUCAGGGGCGGCCUCACGAGCGUCAAUUGGGACAUCGAGGAGACAGAGGCACACAAGGAGGAAAUCUUGGCAGGCAGAUUGCUGGACCUGAAGUGGGUUCAGAUUCUGCCUGCAGGAGGUGGCAGAGGCUUUGAAUAG